AGUCACGUAGACCCGAGACCAAGCCAAGGGAUGAUCCCUUCGUGACCUUUAUUUCAGAAGACCAUGCGUAUAAUCACUGAAGCCCUUGACCAUGGGAUUUGAGUUCAUGAUCAAGAAUAGUUGAUGAAGGCUGUUGCUGCAAUUGCAUACAUUGGCAAGGCAUCAUGUUGGCCUCCUGAAGUUCUCAUAGCUCCCUGCUCUUCAGUCGGGUCUGAGAUGGUAAACACGAGCCCUUUUCUUUCUUGUGAAGUCCUUACAGUUGAAAAUCGUAGAUGCCAUCAACUUGCACACGUUCCCACUAGCGGUACUGAUUGUGUUCUAUAUAUUGCUAUCUAUAUCAUUCUAAUCUGUCCACCAGUUAUCUGAUGCGUGCUCGCGUCAGAGCAGAAAUCGACGUAGUGUGCAGACCCGACAGAAUCCCAACUUUCUACGAUAGGACUCCGUUGCCAGUUCAACGAGGGUAUUUGUCGUGAAGCCCUGCUG